AUGGCACAACUCUUCAACUCGUCGUCGAACCACUCGACGCCGCCGGCCGAGAAGCGGACCUUUAGCGGAGUCUCGCUGUCAACCAACCGGCAGGUUAGCGGCUCCAACAGCCAGGUCUCGCAGAAGAUUAAAAACUUCUUCCGCAUAACCAGCUCCUCCACAAGCAGCGGCGAGCUUAAGGAGCUGAAAAACAAAGACCAUAGCGAUGGCACCUCAACCCCAAACUCAGUCUCCAAAUCAUCGUUCCGGCAGUCACGGUUUUUGCCACAUAUUGGCCGGAACCGCUCCCAAACCGUCGCGAGUGAGGGCAAUCCGCUCGACGACAGCCUUUCGCCGACUGCACACGCCAACCCCUACUUCCAGCACCAAGGCCCGCCAGCUAUAAGGCAUCAUAAUGAGGGCAGCGUACCGCCCUCACCGCCAGAUACACCGCCGAUAACCACCACCAAAGUCGAGGCUGUCAGUGGUGCGAACGACCAACAAGCCGCGGCGGGCAAGGAGGAGCUGGCCAGAAAACUGCGUCGGGUAGCUUCGGCACCCAAUGCGCAAGGUCUUUUCGCAGACGCCAAAUCUAGCGAACGGCCGUCUACGGCUGGACUCGAUAAGCAGCCCAUGAGCCAGCAUGCGAACAGCUCGGCACUGAGCAUGGUGGAGUCGGCGCCUAGUAGCAAUCUCCUCCCGGUACCUACGGUCAACGGUGUCAAUGGAAUUCCCACCCCCGGCCAAAUCCGCAAUGGGAUAGCGUUCAGGAGAACGUAUAGCUCGAACUCGAUAAAGGUUCGGAAUGUGGAGGUUGGGCCAGGAAGCUUCGAUAAGAUCAAGCUGAUUGGGAAGGGAGAUGUGGGCAAAGUGUAUCUGGUGCGGGAGAAAAAGUCGAGCCGGCUGUACGCCAUGAAAGUCCUGAGCAAGAAGGAAAUGAUCAAGCGCAACAAGAUCAAGCGCGCCCUCGCCGAACAGGAGAUCUUGGCGACAAGCAACCACCCAUUCAUCGUUACCUUAUACCACUCCUUUCAGUCUGAGGACCAUCUCUACCUUUGCAUGGAGUACUGUAGUGGUGGAGAGUUCUUCAGGGCCCUGCAAACACGACCAAACAAAUGCGUGGACGAGGACGCAGCGAGAUUUUAUGCGGCAGAGGUGACCGCUGCAUUAGAAUACCUCCAUCUCAUGGGUUUUAUCUACCGCGAUCUCAAGCCCGAGAACAUCCUCCUGCAUCAAUCCGGACACAUAAUGUUGUCAGACUUCGACCUGUCCAAGCAGUCAGAUCCUGGCGGCAGACCGACGAUGGUCGUCACGAAGGGGCCUUCGUCCAACUCGUUACCCGCCAUAGACACCAAAUCCUGUAUCAACAACUUCCGCACAAACUCCUUUGUCGGCACGGAAGAGUACAUUGCGCCGGAAGUUAUCAAAGGCUGCGGCCACACCAGCGCAGUCGACUGGUGGACCCUCGGCAUUCUAAUCUACGAAAUGCUCUACGGCACCACGCCCUUCAAAGGCAAGAACCGCAACGCUACGUUCGCUAAUAUCCUAAGAGACGAUGUACCGUUCCCCGAGGGGUCCGGCGCACCGCCCGUCUCGAACCUCUGCAAAUCCCUCAUCCGCAAACUCCUCAUAAAAGACGAGUCCCGCCGCCUCGGCUCCCGCGCCGGCGCCUCCGACGUAAAAGCGCACCCCUUCUUCCGCUCCACCUCCUGGGCGCUGCUGCGCCACAUGAAGCCGCCCAUGAUCCCGCACCAGGGCCGCGGCAUCGACACGGUCAACUUCCGCAACGUCAAGGAGAGCCAGAGCGUCGACAUCGGCGCCGCCAGGGUCAAGGGCGUGCCCCUCGAUUCCGGGUUAGCGACCCCGGGAGGCGAGAUUAGUGAUCCGUUUGAGGAGUUUAAUAGCGUUACGCUGCAUCAUGAGGGCGAUGAGAUUCAUGAGGGGGAGGCGGGAGGGAGGAGGUGA